CCGGAAGUGGCCGCUGAAGGUAUGGGGUUGACUCUUUUGUGCUGAGCCUACCGCGGCGGUUAAAGAAGCGUAAAAAAAUAGGAUGGAAGCUGUGGCGACUGCGGCGGCGACUAGAGAACCCGAUGAAGGCUGCACGGGCCCCAGUCCUAGGCACUGGGGAGAGCUGAGCUGGAUGCCGGUUCCAUCCAGACCCCUGGACAAGGAAGAAGCAGCGGAAGGAGAUCCAAGGGCCCUGGACGACAACUCCUCUGGGGCCGAGACCACGGAAGUGAGUGCUAUGCUGCGUGCUGUGGCUGCCAGCCGCCUGCCCGUAUGCAGCCAGCAGCAGGGAGAGCCUGACCUGACUGAGCAGGAGAAGGUGGCCAUCCUGGGCCAACUCUACCACGAGAAGCCACUGGUGUUCCUGGAGCGUUUCCGCACAGGCCUCCGUGAAGAACACCUGACCUGCUUUGACCAUCUACGUGGUGACCAUCGUGCUGACUUCUACUGUGCUGAGGUGGCCCGGCAGGGCACUGCCCGACCCCGCACCCUGCGCACCCGCCUGCGUAACCGGCGCUACGCUGCCCUGCGUGAGCUCAUCCAAGGGGGCGAGUACUUCAGCGACGAGCAGAUGCGGUUCCGGGCCCCGCUGCUGUACGAGCAGUACAUCGGGCAGUACCUCACCCAGGAGGAGCUCAGCGCCCGCACCCCAGCCCACCAGCCACCCAAGCCCGGCUCCCAUGGCACGCCCGCUUGCCCGCUCUCCGACCUGCUGCUCCAGUCCUACCAGGAGCGGGAGCUGCAGCAACGGCUGCUCCAGCAGCAAGAGGAGGAGGAGGCUUGCCAGGAGGAAGAGGAGGAGGUGGAGGAUAGUGACAAGGAAGACCAGAGCCCCGGCAAAGACUCAGAGGUCUGGGUCCCUGACUCAGAAGAGAGGCUGAUAUUGCGGGAGGAGUUCACCAGCCGGAUGCACCAGCGCUUCCUGGACGGCAAGGACGGAGACUUUGACUACAGUGCGGUGGACGAUAACCCCGACUUCGACAAUCUGGACAUCGUGGCCCGGGAUGAGGAGGAGAGAUACUUCGAUGAGGAGGAGCCUGAGGAUGCGCCCAGCCCGGAGCCAGAUGGGGACUGAUGGCCCGGCCACCCGCCCUGCCCCAGCCCAAACGAGGCAGCUGGUGGGAGGCUGGCUCAGAGACUUGCUUCAGGGGCCCCGUGCAGGUGCCCACACCGCCGGCCUCCCUCUGGGUCUGGUCCCAUCUGAGGCUGCCCCUCCGCCCGUGUCUGCAGCUCCCGGCCUGCCCCCGAAUCCCACCCUGCCUCCCCGUUUUCACUGCCUUCUCUGGUCUCCUUCGGUUGUUCCGUCACUUUCUCCCUGCCUUUCUGUGUCCUGCUUUCCGAGUCUCCCUCUGAUUCUGUUUCCUCUCGGCCUUUCUGUUUCUCCCCCUUUCUCUGUGCCUUGGCCUCCACCCCCACUGCAGGGCGAAGGUCCUUCCCUGACAAGGCAGCAGGACUCUGUGGCUAGAGCCAGCCAGGCUGACACCAGUACCCAACUUGGGGUGGGGCUGGCCCUUGGGCCCCAGAGCAGCUCACUGUCUGCCCUCCCGGUCCUGGCCUCAGUCCUUUACCUGUCCCGUUUGUGCUGAGUGCUCCUUGCUUCUAAGUUCCCUUCUGUCCUUUGGCCUCGUGGGCCUGUGGUUCUCCCGCCAGCCUGUUUCUAUCUCCCAGCCCCUGUGGCGUCCCGGUCUCAGCCUUUAUCGCUCUGGGUUUCAGUGUCAGCUCCAGUGUGCCCCCUGAGUGGGACCUCGCUGCAGGCGGGGGUAAGACCAGAGGUGGCCACAGGUGUCACCUCUCCAUUGGGACCUUGGCCUGGGAGGAGUGGGCAGGGGCACACUGGGUAUCGUGGGCCUGCCAGCUUGGGUGUGGGGGGAGGGGUGUAGGGAAGGGGAGCUCUCCCCUUACAGCCCAUGGCCCCCCUCUGCCCAGCCACAGUUUUCCCUUCGUUCACUUCCUUCGCCUCCCUCUCCCUGUCCUGUUUACACUCCCCAAAUACUCACAGGCUGUUAUCAUGGGUCCUGAGUCAUCCCACACACACAGGCUGCCCCUCGUCUCUGCCCCAGCCAGCCACAGGGCCCACCCCACGGAGCCCCCUGCCUCCCCAGGCUAAUGAGAGCCAGAUGGCCGCCUGGUGACUCAGCCACUGGCCUGUGGGAACCCAGGCGUCCCGCCUUCCCAUGCCCCCACACCCAGCUCAUGCUCCCCUCGUAGACACACGAAAAAGGGCUGUCUGCGGGAGGGCACGGCCAGGGGUCGGGGAGGCGGGGUCUGGGGACUCGGUCCUGGGCACGUUGGCAGCAGCGUCCUUCCCCAUCGGAGCCCGAGGGGCCUCCAGGCUGCCUCCCAGCAUGAGGUCCAGAGUGAGCAGAGAUCCCAAGGCCUCCUGGGGCCCAUGACUCUUGACCCCUGGGUCUCAGCUCUGCCCUCUGGGUCAACCAGAAUUAGAGCCAGACAUAGAAAGUGAAAGCUACAAGGGGCCAAGGGACAUUCAGGCUGUUCAGUGAGACUUCAGAAAAAGGAAAGUUGUGGUUUCUGAGCAGUUUUACUUUGUGCCAGGCUCCAGCAAGGUGCCUGCGGCUACGCCAAAUCCCCCAGAUGUCCCUUCAAACUGGGGACUCAGCUCGUAGAGGGGACUGGGAAGGAAGGUGGAUGUGCAGGUCUAGAAGCACAAAUCCGAGAGAGAGAGCUCUCCAGGGCCCGCCCCCCAGCUGCCAGGCCCCUCAGGGUGGGCAGGUGACACAGGCAUCCUCAGAUGGGGAGGUGGGGAAGAGUUAGCUGUUGGUAACAGCAGCUAAUGGUCUGGGGGCCCUCCUCUGGCACCAGGCCAUCCACGCAGAUGUGACGGAGCCGUCCUGGUGGAGAAGGCAGCGCUUGAGUCAGACGUCACAGGGUCCUGGGGGCUGCGUGCUAUCACCACUGAUAACCCACCUCCUCAAGGAGGCCCAGUGUGAGAGCCAGGCAGGUCACAGGAGAGACUUCUGUCUCCUGGGACUUGUGUUCGGCACUCCAGCUGUGAGCACACCCAUGGUACGGGCAUCAGUGCACGUUUCUCGCCAGUCUGUCAUUCAGUCAUUAAAUUUGUGAUAUAGUUUGCCAUA